UGCCAGCCUGCGGUACAAACACAAACUGCGUGGAUUUUGUUUUUCCUGACAACAUCUGUGAACCUGCUGAAGGCCGAGUGUCUGAAGAGGAGAAGCUUCUUUUUCUGAGCACUGCGGCAGCUGCGGAGAGGAAAAAAACCAUCCGACCGCGACCACCGAGGGAACCCUGAUGCAUCUGACCCUCCUGAUGUCUUCUCAGCUUGACGGUCCAAAAACGCUGCCUUGAACAUUAUUUUGAGCAAAAGACUGAGCCAAGAUGUCAUCCUCAGCAGAGAAUGGGAUGGCAGGAUCACUGAACACGAGCAGAGAGAAAACCUAUAAGAAGACCACAUCAUCAGCUUUGAAAGGAGCCAUUCAGCUCGGUAUUGGUUAUACAGUCGGGAAUCUGACCUCCAAACCCGACAGAGAUGUGCUUAUGCAAGAUUUCUAUGUAGUGGAAAGUGUCUUUCUACCCAGUGAGGGGAGCAACUUGACACCUGCUCAUCACUAUCCUGACUUCCGCUUCAAGACCUACGCCCCGCUGGCCUUCCGCUACUUCAGGGAUCUGUUUGGUAUCAAACCUGACGACUACCUGUACUCGCUGGUUAACGAGCCGCUGAUUGAGCUGACUAAUCCAGGAGCCAGCGGCUCUCUCUUCUACCUAACCAGUGAUGACGAGUUCAUCAUUAAAACCGUCCAGCACAAAGAAGCUAAGUUUCUACAGAGAUUGCUACCUGGAUACUACAUGAACCUGAACCAGAAUCCACGCACACUGCUGCCCAAGUUUUACGGCCUGUACUGCAUCCAGUCUGGAGGAAUCAACAUUCGGCUGGUGGUGAUGAACAAUGUGCUGCCUCGCUCCGUCAAAAUGCACUAUAAAUACGACCUGAAGGGGUCCACUUACAAGAGACGAGCGUCCAGGAAAGAGAGAGAGAAGGCGAGUCCAACCUACAAAGAUCUGGACUUCCAGGACAUGCAUGAAGAAGGCCUGUACUUUGACCCAGAGACAUACAACAACCUGAUGAAGACGCUGCAGAGAGACUGUCGGGUGCUGGAAAGCUUUAAGAUCAUGGACUACAGUCUUCUGCUGGGUGUGCACGUCCUGGACCAGAACCAAAGGGAGACUGUUGAACUAGGCCAGGCGGGGGGCGACGGGAGGAAACAUGUUGGUCAGAGAGUCCUUUAUUCCACUGCUAUGGAGUCCAUUCAGGGAGACGGCAAGGCUGCUGAAAUCCUCACCACAGACGACACGAUGGGUGGCAUUCCUGCCAAAACGCACAAAGAAGAAAAACUGCUCAUCUUCCUGGGCAUCAUAGAUAUUCUACAGUCAUACAGGUUCAUUAAGAAGUUGGAACAUUCGUGGAAAGCCCUGGUGUAUGACGGGGGUAAAAUGAUAGAGUCCGUCUCAGUGCACCGGCCAGGAUUUAAUGCGAGCCGCUUCCUCAAAUUCAUGAGCACACGAGUCUUCAGGAAGAUUCACUCAUUUCGAUUUUCACCUUCAAAGAGGACUCGAACUUCUAUACCCACUCUGAAGUCAUCCUCUCAGGAGAUCCUUUCAUCACAGGCGGAUGAGAGGAUUGUGGAGAAGGACAGACGGGACAGACUGGGUGGAGCUCACAGCCUCGCCAGUUUGGAAGGACAAGCUGUGUUCGGUUUGUACCGGUGCCCUGAUCUGGUCCCUGCCAACCAGUCUUAUUACGAGGGCUACUCCAUGGGACCCAUCUCCACCUCCUCCAUUUUUGUCAGUGUGGAUAACCAAACAGAAGACAGAGAUGAUGUGGCAUCCAGUUCUACGUUUACCCUGGAGGACAGUGCCAUCUGUCUCAUGUCAGAGCAGAGCACAGUGGACGUGGACAUUGACCGCGAUGACGGAUCUGUCCUUGAUGUCUACUUAUGAAGCUUUUUGGCUUUCAUUUACUCCUGCCAGUCAUCAAUCACCACACACUCCAUUGGACUGGCAACUGACUCCCCUUCCAGUGCUGCUACAUCCAAACGUUUUCCUCCAACACAU